AUGACUUUGCAUUUUUCUUUCUUUCUUUCUUAUUACUUUCUUCAUCGCAAUUCGAUCGUUUUUCUUUCUUUUUUCUCUCGUUUUCUUCAUAUUUUAUUUGUUCCUUUUCUUUUUCUUUCUUUCUUUCUUUCUCGCAUUUCAUAUGUCGUAAAACAAACUCUUUCUUUCUUUUUCUUUCUUUCUUUCUUUUUUCUUUCUUUCUUUCUUUCUUUCUUUUUCUUUCCUUCUUUCUCAAAGUCUUCUGUAUUUAAUUUUUUUUGUUGCUUCCAUCUUUCUUUUAUUCUUUUUUUCUUUCUUUUUUCUUGCAUUUUCAAAAGUUACUUUCUCACGGCUUCCUGUAAUUACGCACUUUACUUCCUUUUUCUUCCUUUCUUAUCUUUCUUUCUUUCUCACGUGUUUAGACAGUUUUACAUUUUCUUACUUAAGAAUUUCCAGUUUUUCUGCCUCUCUUUAUUUCUGACGGUUUUUUCUGCAUACGGAUUUUUCUUUCUUUGUUUCUUUAUUUCUUCUUUGUUUUUUUCUUCAUUCCUUUCUUUCUUUUUUUAUCUUUCUUUCCCACGGUUUUUUGUAAUUAAGCCCUCUCACUUUCUUUAUUUCUUUCAUUUGAAGAUUUACUUUACAUUUUCUUCUUUCUUUCUUUCUUUUCUGUUGUUUUAUCUACUUUCUUUUUUUUUUUUCGUUUUCAAAAGUAUCUUUCUUUCUUUCUCACGUCUUUUUGUAAUUAAGCCCUUUUACUUUCUUUAUUUCUUUCCUUUCCUUUCGAUUUUCUUUACAUUUUCUUCUUUCUUUCUUUCUUUCUUUCUUUCUUUGUAA